AUGGAAAGCCUGGCAUCUUUAACUCGCUUAAUUCUCAUGAUACCCGUGACGUGCCUAGUAUAUGCCUUUUACCGCGUCGUGUAUAACGUAUUCUUCCAUCCUCUGCGCCAAUACCCCGGUCCCUGGCAUCGCGGUGCCAGCCGACUGCCCUACACGAUCUCCAUCUUCCGUGGCGAUGUGACCUUUAGGGUCAAAGCCCUCCACGACAAGUACGGCAAGGUGGUGCGCAUCACACCAGACACUCUGUCGUACACCGACAGCCAAGCAUGGUCAGACGUAUACAGCCUCAAGAAAACCGGCAGCUCGGGCAAUCUCCCCAAGGAUCCCAAGUUUUACGUCGCUGCUCCAGACACCUCCACCGCCAAUGAUGCCGAUCACCGGAGACUUCGCCGCGUGCAGGCCCAUGCCUUUUCGGAAAAGGCUCUGACCAUGCAGGAGUCCUUUAUACAGCAGCACACGGACCGGUACAUCAAGUGCCUGGAGAGGGCGGCGCAGGAGGCGGACGGGGUCGUCGACGUGGUCAAGUGGGUCAACUUUUUGACGACGGACCUGAUCGGCGACCUCUCGUUCGGCGAGACGUUUGGCGGUCUGGCGUCGGGCAGGCUCCACCCCUGGCUGGAGUCGGUCUUUACGACGCUCAAGACGUUUACCUUUAUCCGCGAGUUCCUCCGCCUCCCCUCCUGGGCCACCAGGCUCGCCGUCGCCUGCAUUCCAAAGCACAUGCUGGAGCAUCAAAGGUCGGCCGUGGCGUUUGGCGCCGACGCUGCCAGGGCCAGGAUCGAGCGCGGCUCGGACAAGCCCGACUUUAUGCAUUAUAUCCUGAGGCAUGAGAAGGACGACGAGAAGGGUAUGUCGCCAGACGAGAUUUACAUGGCCGCCAUCACAUUCAUCGUCGCCGGGAGCGAGACUACCGCGACGAUGAUCUCGGGAACCGUAUACCUCCUCUUACAACACCCCGAUGUCCUGCACAGGCUGGUCUCGGUCAUCCGAACAGACUUCCCAGCGAUUGACGACAUGAACCUGGUCAAUCUCCAACAGCAUGAAUACCUCAACGCGGUAAUCAAGGAAGGGCUGCGGCUAUACCCCCCGGCGGCGGACUUUUUAUUCCGCACCUCGGGUGGCCAGAGCGUCGUGGUCGCCGGGCGAGUUGUGCCGCCCAAGACCAGCUUGACCAUGAACCUGUGGGCCAUGUACAGGGACCCCACCAACUUCCACCGGCCGCUCGAGUUCAUUCCCGACCGCUGGCUGAAGGACGCGCCGGCCGAGUUUGACAAGGACGACAGGGCCUGCUUCAAGCCCUUCAGCGUAGGCCCUAGGGACUGCAUUGGGAAAAAUCUCGCAUAUGCCGAGAUGCGUCUGAUUCUGGCCAAGAUGGCCUGGUCACUUGACUUGCUGUCAGUGGAACCAGACAGCCAGGGUUGGAUCGAGAAGCAGAAGAUAUUCGGCCUCUGGGAGAAGCCGCCUCUGAAUGUCAAGCUGGCCCCUCGCGUUCGAUAG